AUGUUUUCCACACAAGUACUUCUUUUGGCUGUUUUGAUUUCUACUGCACUGGCUGGGCAAUGGGCAAUUAUGUGUGCUGGCAGGUCCUCCAAUGAGAUCCGGACAUGUGACGGCCAUGGCUGUGGUGCAUACUCUGCUCAAAGAAAUCAGAGGUCUCACCAGGGAGUAGAUGUUCUGUGUUCUGGUGGAUCAACUGUGUACGCACCAUUCACUGGAAUGAUUAUGGGCCAGGAGAAACCUUACAAAAACAAAAAUGCUAUCAAUAAUGGCAUUCGGCUCUCUGGAAGAGGUUUCUGUGUCAAAAUUUUCUACAUUAAGCCACUCAAGUAUAAAGGUUCUAUCAAGAAGGGAGAGAAACUGGGAACUGCAUUGCCGGUGCAAAAAGUCUAUCCUGGCAUACAGCCACACAUACACCUUGAGAACUGUGACCUGAGUGACCCAACCACACACUUGUAA